ACGUCCGGUUCGACGAGUCAUGCUUUUUCUUCCGGUCCGUUUAGACCGUCGUUUCAGUAUCUGCGGGAUCGACGGUGAAGAUGGUAGAUGAAGCUGGUGACAGAGAUGAAUCCUCUAAUGUUGCCAUUAUUCGGGAGGUAUACGACAGUGAGAAUGCUCAUGAGACAUUCGAAUACGAGUUAGAGCGAGCUCUAGAAUCAGAAUGCAAUUUAAUUGUAAUCGAACCAUCGAAAUUAGGUGACGAAACCUCCAGAUGGAUAGCAGUAGGCAAUUGUCUUCAUAAGACUGCUGCCUUAUCAGGUCUUGCUGCGAUCGUCACAGGUUUAAUCUGGGGCGAUCGGCCAUAUAUUUGUGGUCCACUAGGUUUCACAUCAAUUAUAACCUGCGGUUUAUACACAGUCUCAUGGCAAUUCGAUCCUUGUUGCCAAUAUCAAGUAGAGACCGACACCAGCAAACUACCACAUGUAGAACUAUUAGCUGUUCUAGGUCCGUCGUCGCCGACGUUUCUUGUAAGAAAAGAUGAUACGAGGAGACGAAUCCUUCACACGACUAUUACACUGGCAGCAUUUGGCGUUACCGCCUGGAGAUUUUAUCAGGCAUUUAAGUGAAAGAAUUAUCGCCGACGUCGGCUUUGACUUAAGCCAGAGAGAAGCAGUGAGGUAGGCCACAUGAUAUGUCAAGUUGUUUCAUAGCAUAGUAGGCCUAUGGAAUCUUUUGAUUGAGGAAGGAUGCAGGCUCGUUUCCAAUGUCGUAUCGUGUAAUUAUGACAUAAGAUAAUUCCCAUAUUUUGACGAUUGAUUUAUAUUACUUUCUGAUGCUACCUCACAGGUGAAUGCUGAUUAUGUGAUUUCAUAAAUGCAAGUAAAAAAAAACAGAUUUUACCAGAGUCUUUAUAUUUGGUACACCACUUCCCUAAGAUUUUACAUUCGAUCUUUGUCUCGACAAAAUUUGUCAAAGAUAUAAACCGUAUCACAAAGUUGCAAAGACCGUAUUCGUACACGCAAUCUCGCUACAAUGAUGGAAAAUAGAAAUAUUGGUAUAAGUGUUCUUAGAAUUGUGAAACUUUUGCGACGGUACAGCUGAAAGGAUGGAUUAGCGUUAUGUAUUUUUAGAUUGUAAAUAAAGAAAAAAAAAAUAGGUAGAAGUGUAUACACACAGUACAUACGACAUAUGGUGGAGUAUUUCGCCUAGAUUUUCUCACCCAAUGGAAUAAUUUGUGUUAAAAGUAUAUAAAACGACAUCGGGGACGUAUUGACCAUGGAAAUGGCUCAAAUGUAACUUUAGGCCCUGAUUAUUUUAUCGACGCGGUGGACGUAGAAUAAGGUAUUUGUUCUUCUCCACCAUCACGAUAUACGGGAGAUUUUUUUUUCGAUUGCAUUAGUAUUAUCAAAUGGAAAUUAAUGUCGCAAACAUUCCUGUAAUUGUUUAAUGAUAAUAAAACGUGCAAUCUCGCACAUCUCUCAGUACGUGAACUCUCUUCACAUGGCGUAAAGACACUCGCAGCGUGUGAACCGAAUAUACUCUUGUUUACACGUGUUAUUGAUGAAAGAGCUCAAAUAAUGAAAAAUGUAAAUAGUUCCGAAUCUUGCUCUAGGAGUUACAUCAAAUUUAGGAUGAUGAACGAUAAAUAUUCCAACGUAUUAUCGUUACAUCGUUAUCAAACGACAUGGUAGUGUCGUGACGCCAAGUACGUAACAUCACGUCAUAAUGAGCAUAGCACAAAUAGUUUGAAAAACCGAGCUGUAAGAUCAAUCCAUUUUGGGUUCCGUUCGAUACAUUGAGAAGUCCUAUUUUAUAUACGAAUACGCGAAUACAUUUCUACAUAUUGAAAAUCUCAUCUUUUUUUCGGAUAUAUUAACAUUACUCUAUGUUAGAAGAGUUCGCUGCACAAGAAUAAGGCUUUCUGUUGCCGUUAGAACGAAAAUUACACGCAUUUAAUUUCAGAUUCAAUUUCAACUUCUUCUCAUUAUACCGCAAAAAAAUUAACGUAUAUGUAUAAAACGUUUAUGUGUAAUACGCAUCGAACGUUAUGUAUACCAGAACAGAUUGUACCAAAUAUUAUGUAAUGAUUUAUGAAAGCAUGUAAUUAUCUAUAUGAAGUUCAAGACCGCGCAUAAUUUCGUUCAAUAAUAUUUUUUCGAGUGAUUGAUAAGAACGACUUACAGAAGCCAUAUGAGUGUAUCAAUGUGAACAGGAUCUUGAAAUCUCUGAAUGUCAUAAUUAAGACCAUCGAUAAAAGUUGAACUUGCGAGUUACACUAGGGCAAAGAGUAUGAUUAGUUCUGUCAUGACAAUAGAUGUCGGAUUUUAUUACUAUGUUAGAUCUUUCUUUAAAGAUCGUUUCAAAAUCGUUGCGUUUUAAGUAAGUUCGCGUACUACUUAAGUAAAUAGAAAAAAAAAGAAAAAAAACAAUCUAACAAUAUAGCGGACCGUAAUUCGAUGUGCCAUCCAUUACUUGAAAAAGCAUACACAAUAUUUUUAUUUGAACAAUAUACAUUUGGUAUGUCUCCAUCUUUUAAUAGUCUGCGAAUUUUAGUGAUUCGAUGUUACAAGAGUGAUAUUAUAUGGAGAAUGAUUAAAUCACUGUACAUACAAGUGAGACUGCUAUUGGAAUUUGAAAUAAUGGAAUUUCCGUGAAGCCCAUAUCAAGAGAUGGAUAGCACGCUUGUUACAUGAACAUUUCAAUGUCAGUACCGAUUAUGGUUUCAUAGUAAUAAUAUGUACAUAAUGUAAAGAUAUUCCACUAGUCAGAGAAUGGCUACGACAAAAAUAAAAUUUACUUUUGAAUA